AUGAAAUUUUAUCAUUCCUAACUCAGCUCUAAAAGCUUUAUUGCCUUUCAUUUAUUAUCAAUUACAACAGGAAUCUUUUUCAUAUUACCCUUAAUAUUUACUUAGAUGCAAUUCAUAGUUUGCACUUUUACUAUGGGAUUGCUAGGAAUAUGGCAAUGCAUUAUAUUUAGCAGAUUUUAAAAAUUGCAAAUUUACAUCUAUUCAUUUAUUUUAUCCCUAUCAUUUUUGCUACCAAACACUUACACGAAGGCUGUAAUAAUUGGAGGUUGCUUAGGAUUGAUCACCAAUUUGCAAAAUCAAUUUACUCAAACAUUACAAUUUCAAUUUUUAUAAGAAUGCCAAUAUUUUGGGCUCCUUCUCUACUAUUUGCUUUUAAGAAACAUUCCAAUAUAGUCAAUGUCUAUAUUUACAUUCAUAAGCUCCUCAAUUAUACGAUUAUUUUUAUAUGAACAUAACUCAGAUCAAGCAAUCUCUAAACCAUAACCAUUAAUAAUUAAACAGAAACAAUAAUACUUAUCAAUUUUAGGUCAAUUUGUUAUUGAUUUAGUAUUCUUUGGAACCUUGUACUUAUUGUAUUAGUUAGAAAAUCAUUUGAUCGUUAUAGCUUUAUCUUUAUUGCUGCUGGCAAGUAUCAUUGUUAACUUAUUUCAAAACAUUUUAAGAUAACUUAUAUAUGCUAUUCUCAUCAUACAAAUUGUAGCCAUAAUAUAAUUAAUCUUGAUAGAUUUGGUUGUUUUGAUCCCUGUUUAGUUUAUUAUCAUAAUAUUGUUUGUGUGUAGACCGAUAAAUGACAUCUACUUAAAGAACAAUCUAGGUUUUGAAUUGUACUAAUCAGAACAUAAGAACUCUUUAAUCAUAAGCACAAUUUCAACAAUUUUUGCAGCCCUUCUGAUAUUCUGA